AUGAUAACGUUACUAUUGAUAGUCGCAGUAGCGGCCCUGCUAGCCGCAAUUUAUCUAAGAGGAGUAUACAAUGAAGCCUACUGGAAAAAACGGGGUGUCAAAUUUUACCAAAAGAGUAGAGCGCUCGGAAUAUUCUAUGAAUUCUUCAAGGGAGAUCGAAGUCUGUUCGAACACAUGGAGGGUAUCUACUACGAGUUCCGCAACGAACCGGCUGUGGGGAUCGGGGCGUUGUUUUCGCCCAACUUGAUUGUGACCGAUCCGACGAACGUCCAGCACGUGACAACCGUCGACUUCAACUCCUUCAUGGACCGAUCCAUUGCGCCAAACAGCAGGGACACGCUGUCCAACAGCCUGAUCUUCAUCACUGGUGCCAAAUGGAAGCUGAUGAGGCAGAGCAUGACGCCGCUGUUCACGUCCUCCAAACUCAAGUCGAUGUACUACAUUAUAGACAAGAGCGCCAAAGACUUCGUGCCGUACAUAAAAAAUAAUCCAGAACUGAAGAAAGGUAACGCAUUUAAUACCCUCUGCACGUUCUGCAGCGCGGCCAUGGGAGCGGCCGUGUUCGGUGUCACCACGGAGUCGGUCUUUGACUCCCCGUUUCUGAAGAUGGCGCAGAAAGCUGGGGUCACGACGUUCUGGCAGAACUUGAAAUUUGUUAUAUCGAUCUCCAGCUCCUUCAUAACGAAGCUUUUCAAUGUGAAACUGGCCGCAGAACACGAGGCGUUCUUCAUCGGAGCGAUUAAGCAGAUCAUCGGAGAAAGGAAGAAGUUGAACGUUAAAAGACACGACUUCGGAGAUCUCUGCGUAGCUUUGCAAGAAAAAGGUGUGUUGAGAGAUAAUGAAACGGGCCUGGAAAUUAAGCCGACUGACGAGGUUCUUUCAGCGCAAGCAUUUUUUUUCUUCAACGCUGGCGUGGAACCAACGGCGACGACAAUAUUUAACUUUUUCGUCCUGGUUGGACAGCACCCGGAAGUCCAGGAGCGCCUGCAUCGGGAAGUCGACGAAGCAUUCGAGGAGAGCCAAGGAAAUUUGACUUUCGAUAUCAUUUCGGAUAUGGAAUACCUCGAAAUGGUUUUAAACGAGUCCAUGAGAAUUUACCCCGCUAUCGGAUUUUUGGGCAGGAUGUGCGUUAAGAAUACGACUCUUCCCGUAGGAAACAUAAAAAUUGACAAGGGAACCACCGUAUUUAUUCCUGUGUUUGCGUUGCAACGCGACGAGAGGCACUAUCCGGAGCCGGAAGUUUUUAAGCCGGAGAGGUUUUCGAAGGAGAAAAAGGAUCCCAUAAUAGACAAAACUUUCCUGCCAUUCGGUAAGGGAAACAGAAUGUGUAUCGGCCAGAGGUUCGCUACGGUACAAGCCAAGGCAGGGAUUGUCCAUCUGAUGCGACAAUUUAAAGUGAAUGCUGUGCAGAAAUCAGGCAAGAAGAUCGGUUUCCAGAAGCACCUCCUUGCUGCGAGGCUAAAAAAUGUAGACUUGGAGUUCAUUGACCGAUAAGACAUUAAAAGUGAUAAAGUUAUACAAAUUGAAAAUGAUGGCUAAAAAGAAUACUUUGUUUUUAAUGCUUGGUGAGAAAUUGUUUGUAAAAUCUAUUUGUUAUGAUUGUUGUUUUGCUUUUAUUAUUAUUCAUGCAUUAUUUUGCUUUUCUUGAUUUUAGACUACAUUUAAUGAAAUAAAUACAUAACAUUUUA